GACGGGCCGCGACGCGCGGCCGAAGGGCGAGGCGGCCGAGGCCGAGACCAACGGCUCGCACUAUUCGGCCACACUCUUUCUGCAGAUGGAGUUGUGUAAAGACAAGACCUUGCAGCAUUGGAUCGCAGAGUACAAUGCCGACCAUGCCAAUCAGAAGAGGUUUGAAGAAGCGAAGAAGAUCCUGGUGCAAUGCCUUCGCGCGCUGGCGUACCUCCACUCGCACAACUGUGUUCAUCGCGACGUGAAGCCUUCGAACCUCCUCUUCGGGCAGGACGAGGCCCUCCGCUUGGCUGACUUUGGCCUGGCCAAGUGGUUGGAAUUCAGUGCUGCCUCACCUCGUUUACCUGCAAGGCACUUGACGAUUGGAUGUACGGCGGGUCGACGGGUGGCGGUU